GCAACUCGCACAGAAUGACAAUACAUUUCGGUGAUUUUGUUUGAAGAAUUGCAGUUUUGUUUUCACAUAAAAAUAGGAUAAAUAGGGUUUAAUUCCCUCAUAAAUUGAAAUAAAUACACAAUGGCUACAACGCUGGAAGAUAAGUCAAUUUGGGAGGAUGGCGAGGAGGCGCUGAGCGAGGAAGUACUCCGCAUGCCAACAGACGAGAUCAUUAGCCGCACGAGACUCCUGGACAAUGAAAUCAAGAUCAUGAAGAGCGAGGUGAUGAGGAUCUCCCACGAGUUGCAGGCACAGAACGAGAAAAUCAGAGAAAACACGGAGAAAAUCAAAGUGAACAAAACAUUGCCCUAUUUGGUAUCAAACGUCAUCGAAUUAUUGGACGUGGACCCUCAGGAGGAGGAGGAAGAUGGUGCUGUAGUGGACCUGGACUCGCAGCGUAAAGGCAAGUGCGCCGUCAUCAAGACUUCCACCCGACAGACAUAUUUCUUGCCAGUCAUCGGUCUGGUUGAUGCUGAGAAAUUGAAGCCUGGAGACUUGGUGGGCGUUAACAAGGACUCGUACUUGAUCCUGGAGACUCUACCGGCGGAGUACGAUGCGAGGGUGAAGGCUAUGGAGGUGGACGAGAGGCCCACAGAACAGUAUUCUGACAUUGGUGGCCUCGAUAAACAAAUUCAGGAACUAAUCGAAGCAGUAGUCCUCCCCAUGACGCACAAGGAGAAGUUUGUCAACCUGGGCAUCCACCCUCCAAAGGGAGUGCUGCUGUAUGGCCCUCCCGGCACUGGCAAGACCCUGCUGGCCAGGGCAUGCGCUGCGCAGACCAAGUCCACCUUCUUGAAGCUCGCUGGACCUCAGUUAGUGCAGAUGUUUAUCGGUGACGGUGCAAAGCUGGUUCGCGACGCGUUCGCGCUCGCCAAAGAGAAGGCCCCCGCCAUCAUCUUCAUCGACGAGCUGGACGCCAUCGGUACCAAGCGGUUUGACUCUGAGAAAGCCGGUGACCGUGAAGUGCAGCGUACUAUGUUGGAGCUCCUCAACCAACUGGAUGGGUUCACUUCUACUGCUGAUAUCAAGGUUAUCGCAGCAACCAACAGGGUAGACAUCCUGGACCCGGCCCUGCUGCGCUCGGGGCGUCUCGACAGGAAGAUCGAGUUCCCCCACCCCAACGAGGAGGCCCGCGCCAGAAUCAUGCAAAUUCAUUCCCGUAAAAUGAACGUAAGCCCAGACGUGAACUUCGAAGAAUUAUCGCGGUCGACGGACGACUUCAACGGCGCGCAGUGCAAGGCGGUGUGCGUGGAGGCCGGCAUGAUCGCGCUACGGCGCUCCGCCACCGCCGUCACGCACGAGGACUUCAUGGACGCCAUCCUCGAGGUGCAGGCCAAGAAGAAGGCCAACCUCUCCUACUACGCAUAGUGGCUGCACUCUAGAUUUAUUGUAUACUUAUAUCUAUCUAUGUAAUAAAAGUUUUUAAUUAUU